AUGGAAGUUUGCUGCUCGUUAAAGUCAAUUGUUGGAGGACUAUGUGGAGCGGAUACCAGAAAUAGAGAACAGGACGAAGUACUAGUAGUCCCCUUACUUUCGUGCGUGAAAGACAUCACAACACACAGAGCAUCGUACUCGUUUUCUGGACCGGAAAAUGAGGUGGACUUGAUCUUGUGUCGUGCUGCUAUUUUCACGAGGCCAGAUGAUAUCACUUCAACGUCGAUAUGUCCUCUUCAUCGUGCAAACUUGGGGUGGAAUGGACGAGGGGAGCGAGUACCAGGUGCAGAAUACCACCCGUUCUGUCUAACCAUGGAAAGACAAAAAAAAGUUGGCCAAAAGGAGAUAGAGGGCUCGGAAAGUUACAAUCGGAGCUACUGCUACGUGACACUGGUGUCUUUUUACAAGCUGGAUCAGGUAAUUUAGUAAAUAAAUUAACGAAGUUUCGAAGAAUGACUGGUUUAUAAUAGAUUCUUCUAUAUCAUUGCAAGGGGUGUGCAGAAAAUGCCGUGAGAAAUUAAAGGAAAUUACAGACUUCAGAAAGAUGGAAGAUCAGUUCAAGGAAACAACACUGGUAUGAUACCUGGAUAUUUAAUAUGGUUUUAUCAUGGGCGUAUGGGCCGGGGGGGGGGGCAUGGGGGGAAUAUGCCCCCCAAAAUUUUUACGGUAGCAACAAAAGUCAGGCGAAAAGAAUUAAUAAUCGGGCAAACUAAUACUGUGCCCCCCCCCCCCCAAAUAAGAUUAGGCCCGUACGCCCAUAGGUUUUAUAGAUUAACUGUUAUAAAACUUACGCUUUUAGGGACUGUACGUUGAGAGGGGGCUUGGGGAUCAUCAUAGUUUUUCCUGUUAGGACCGGGAGGGUUAUCUGUUAUUUUCCAUUUUGGAAACGAGUAAUGAACUGGGAGGCUUUCGACUGUGUUUAGCUAUAAAAUUACAAAAAUCAAACCAAAUAAUCUGCAAUGGCACAAAGAAAUUGGUUCAACCCAAGCGCGUAAGGUACCUAAAACAAUGUUGAAGUUGAUGCUUUCAAAUUUUAGGACAAUUCAAAGGAGAUUUCUUUCAAGACACCUCAGCAGACAACCUGCAUUCAACAGCGCCUUCAAACUCCAAUAAGUCAAGAAUCAUCAACAUUGUUUAGCCCUUCAGGAUUUUCUCAACAUUUAGAACUAGAAGAAACACGUGACGAAGAAGGACUAAAUGCUGGCAGUAAUACAAGAGAGAAGUUGAAUAUUUUUCUAGCUUCCAGAGAUGUAAGCCCAAUCCGCACGUCCAUGACAAUCCCGUGGGACACAGCCGCAUAG